GGUUACAUGAGAAAAAUGUACACUUCUCUACAUAAAUAUUACUAUAAGAUUUCUUUAUUCAUCCGAUUUGAUCUAAGGAUGAUACUCCCUAUCUUGUUGACUUUCCUCUCACUCUCCCAAGCUCAACCGCACUCCGAUGCUCCACCACCCACCGUCUGCAUCGUCGGCGCCGGCAUCGCCGGCUCCUCCGUCGCUCACUUCCUCCGCAAAUACUCACCAGAACCCACUCCCACCACCAAAAUCCUAGUCUUCGAGCGCAACGCCAUCGUCGGGGGUCGCAUAGCCACCGUAACCAUCGCCGGCGAGACCUUCGAAGCCGGAGCCUCAAUUCUCCACCCCAAGAACCUCCACGCCGUCGAUUACACCAAGCUUCUCAAGCUCAAGGUCAAGCCGCCUGGCUCUGAUUCCCUCUCUCUUGGCAUUUGGGAUGGCAACAAGUUCGUUUUCAAAACCGUUGAGAUUAGCUCCGAUCUUCCCCUCAUCGAUGAACUCCUCAAACUCCCAUUCAUUGAUACUCUCGUUUCCCUCUUCAAUUCCGCGCGCAUGUUCCUUCGCUACGGGUUUUCGCUUCUGAAGAUGCAGAACUUUGUUGAGAGCACUGUGGGUAGGUUCUUGAAGUACUAUGAGGAACCUGGUUCUAGGCCUGUUUUUGAGACUGUGGAUGAGAUGCUGAAAUGGGCUGGUUUGUAUAAUCUUACUACCAGGACUUUGGAAGAUGAAUUGGUUGAUGCUGGCUUGUCUCCCUUGUUGAUCAAUGAACUUGUCACUGUCAUCACACGUAUUAAUUAUGGGCAGAGUGUCUACAUGAGUGGUUUAGCUGGUGCAGUUUCUCUGGCAGGAUCAGGUGGAGGGCUGUGGUCCAUUAGUGGUGGUAAUUGGCAAAUGGCUGCUGGGUUGAUUAAUCGAUCAGAUGUUGCAUUACAUCUCAAUGAAGAAAUAAAAUCUGUUGCUUACCAUGGAGAUUAUUAUGAACUCAAUUCAACAACAGGAAAAAGUUACAACUGUGAAGUUGCUGUGAUUGCUACGCCAUUGGAUGAGUUAAAUAUUAAUUUUGACCCCCAAAUUCCAAUUCCUGAGAGAAAAUUACAGCACACUUAUACAACUUUUGUCAGGGGCCUUUUAAACCCUGUAUAUUUUGGUUUCAAAGCUGCGUCGAAAAUUCCAGAUCUUGUGGGCACAAUAGAGGACCCUAAACUUCCAUUUUCAAGCAUCUCAGUUCUCAAGAAGCAUAGCGAAAAGGAAUCCACUUAUAAAAUAUUCUCUCGUCAACCAAUGGCAGACACAUUAUUGGAUAGCAUUUUCAGUGUGAGGACUGAGACAAUUCGGAUAAACUGGGGUGCCUACCCUCAUUACCAUGCCCCAGAAAAAUUUGCACCAUUUAUAUUAGAUGGUCGGCAUCUGUACUAUGUGAAUGCAUUUGAGAAUGCAGCUAGCACUAUGGAGACAAGUGCUGUAGCAGCUGAGAAUAUUGCCCGGCUCAUACUGUCAAGAUAUUUUAGCAAAGUGAAUGUUCACCCAUCUAUUUUGAGUGCUAGUUCUCAAGGAGAGGAUACUCAUUUAGAUUUGUGAUGCAAUGAAGCUCUCAAUGUAUAAAAAUGUAUUUAUAUAGCAAAUGAAGAAUUACUCUCUCCCCGUUGUUGUAUUUCAUUUUAUCAUGUUAUUAAUGAAUAGAGGAUAUUGGAUAGUACGUGUGAUUGUUGAGAUUCUAAUUCCUGAUGAGGAUUUCCUUAUUGUGAAAAUUUGCUUUUAAAUAAGCUAUUUUACC